AUGGCAAAAGAUUAUGCUCGUGAAAUAGCAUGUAAUGUACUUGCACCAUCUCUUACAUAUUAUAUUGUUACUGAAUUACAAAACGUUUCAUCUUUCUCAAUUUGUUAUGAUGCAUCCCAUAAAGGAAAUACUAAGAUGAUUCCAAUUAUGGUACAAUUCUUUUCAAGAACUGGCGUUAAACAUGGUAUUCUUGAAUUUCUCGAGCAAAUGCAUGAAUCAGCUGAUGCUUUAUUUACAAAUAUAAAAUAUGUUUUGGAAGCGAACGAAUUAAAAUCGAAUAAACUAGUUUCACUCGGAUCUGAUAAUAAUUAUGUCAAUGUUGGCAAUCAUCAUAGUGUAUUUGCUUUAUUCGAAAAACUUUUACCUGGUUUAAUAAAAGGAAAAAAAUAUUCUAAUAUAUCAAAAUUUUCAUUAGUCGCCUUAUAA